AUGGCACGCUCCAUCGACAGCAGCGUGGACCCGUUGACGGAGGGAGGAGCUGUGCAUGCAGGCGAAGCUGCUGAUGCUGUUCAUGCCGUUCCAGCGGGUGAAGCGUCAGGCGAGGCGCCAGGGGAAGCGCCAGGUAAAGCCGUUCAAACUCCUGGUGAUGCUCAGCCGCCAGCGCCACCACCACCAGAACCGUUCCACCGCAAGGAGAUCUACACCGUCGCCAUCAAGCUCUGCCAGUCGUAUCUCAAGGUGUUCGUGCUCUUCCUCGCCAUCUUCUCCAUCUACUGGGGCACCAUCUACCGCCGCGAAACCCGCUUCCGCAACUUGAAGAUGUUGGUGGUGUCGGAAGACACCUCAUUCCAGGCCAACGGCACGGUUUCCGCCGUGCUAGGCGACACCUUGGAGGACAUGUUCCAGCACAACAGCGUGGCCCGCCAGUUGGCAGGCUGGCACGUCGUGGCCGCCGACGAGUUCCGUGCGUUGGCUGCCUCCCACAACAACUCCGUCGCCCAGGAGGUCCAGAGACAGGUCCACCACCAGAAGUACUGGGUGGGUGUUCACGUGGUGCCCAACGCCACCCAAACCCUCUACCUGAGCUUGGCCUCCGCCAACUACACGCUUGCCGCGGCUGGUGCAUUCUCCCAGUUGGUCCAGGUGUACUACGAGUCGGGAAGGCACUACUCGGCCUUGAACCAGUACAUCACCAGAAACAUCAAUGCGGCCCAGCUCCUCUGGACCACCAGCUACGCCACCUCUCGUGUCAUCAACCCGUUGCUCCAGAACCUCAACGACACCCAGAAGGCCAACCUCGUGGCCAACAACAACACCAUGGCCAUCCUCACCAAUCCCCCCAGGUUCCAGAUGAUCGACAUGAGACCUCCCUCUGAUGCUGCCGUAUUAGGGCCCUCGGAGUUGGGGUUAAUCUACCUCAUGGUGUUCUCGUUCCACCAGUUCAACUUCUCGUUGGAAAUCUACACCUACAUGAGAUCGGUGCUCAAGUACCGUCAGUACAUUGUGUGGAGAUUCUUGGCCAGUCAACUCAACUGCUUCGUGUUGUCGUUGGUGUAUUGCUUGGCCACCAUUGCCUUCCAGAUCCCGGUCAACACCACAUUUGGCCACGCCGGCUUCUUAGUGUACUGGAUGUUCAUUUACCUCUACACCUCGGCCUGCGCCGCUACCAGUGAGCUUGCUGCCACCUUCUUGUUUGCAAUCGACCAAAAGCUUUUCUUGGCCCCUUGGAUGGUGUUCAACGUGGUCAUCAAUGUGGCCACAACCUUUGCCCCAUUUGAGUUGUGUCCUCAAUUCUUUAGAUUCGGCUACGCAUUGCCCAUGUACAAUGCUUAUGAAUCGAUGAAAGUGGUAUUCUUCGAUACUUGGAAGGGUCACUUGGGCAGAAACUUGGGUGUUUUGGUCAUCUGGAUUGUUGUUUGCAACCUGAUUCUUUGGGGUCUCAACAACUGGCAAGCAAACAAAUUGAAAAAAGCUGCUGCAGCUAAAAAAUUGGAAGAAUCCAAUGAAGCGAAAAAGCCUAUAGAAGCUGACCAUUCCGAAGUGCGUAAGGAUUCCAUCUAUGAGGAUGCUCACGAUAGCCAGGAAACUCAAGAUUCUGAGAAGGAACGAUAA